AACAUUGUCCGUCGGCGAAGCGUGCGACGUCUUGCCUCUCCUUGGAGUGCCAUUUACAUUAGCCAUGUGCUGCUCCUGUUGCUCCGUUGACGCUGUUUGCCGCUUCUAUUCAGGUUCAUGUACUUUUUCCUUAUGAUCUACUUAUCUGUGCUAGUACUAGGAGUGCUUGGCUUGUUGAGUCUCACGCCUUUCGAUAAGCAGCGAUGGCACAGCACGACAACAUCACGGCAUCACAGCGCAUGAUAUGUUCAUGCACGGGCGCAUUGACGACGUCAUUUUUCGUCACACCUUUGGACGUGGUCAAGAUACGGCUUCAAGCACAGCGGAAGCAGCUUGUUAGAAACAAGUGCUUCCUGUACUGUAAUGGCCUAAUGGAGCACAUGUGCUACUGUCUAAAUGGAAAUGGCAAUGGCCAGAAUGGACACCACAUCAUGGGACCACAAAGCCAGUGGUACAAAAGACCUGGACAUUUUAAUGGCACAUUGGAUGCAUUCAUAAAGAUAGCAAGAAACGAAGGUGUCACCUCUCUAUGGAGUGGCUUGCCUCCAACCUUGGUGAUGGCUGUGCCUGCCACUGUUAUCUACUUCACAGUCUAUGACCAGAUUCGUGAGUUCUUCAAUAACCGUCUCUCCGGACACAAGACCAUUUGGGCCCCUGCCCUGUCAGGUGGCCUUGCUCGAGUGUUUUCCGCCACUGUGAUAAGUCCCUUGGAGAUGAUUCGUACAAAAAUGCAAUCCAAGAAGCUUAGCUAUAUGGAAAUAGGACAAGCUGUGAAGAACCUUGUCAAGACCAGGGGUUUACUAUCACUCUACGUAGGCCUUGGACCAACACUUCUGAGGGACGUUCCUUUCUCUUGUUUCUACUGGACCUGCUAUGAAAACUUGAAGCUGCGAUGCAACCAGGAGCAGCCAACCUUCUUGUUCAGCUUCACAGCUGGUGCGGCUGCAGGGACUGAAGCUAAAACUAGGAAGCCGGCUGCAGGCCCCAAGUGUUUUUGUCACUGUUGUGGCAGUUCACCAUGCAAGAGUACUGGGCACCUUGGCUACCUGACCGCCGAACCAUCACAAAACAAUGGCGAGCGAGGAGCAAUCUUGCAGACGUUGCAGGCAUCGCAAGCGCCUUAUGGCGCUGGUGACCUGAUACAUGAUGACACCACAGUCUGCCAGGGGAAGCUGCUGCUUUGGUCACUUUGCCAUUUGAUGUUGUCAAGACUCACAGGCAGAUAGAGCUCGGUGAAAUGGAAAUAUUGAGAGAGAAGAAGCCUUCAAGCACACUGGCUGUGAUGAGAGAACUUUAUCAAACCCAGGGCCUGCGCAGCCUGUUUGCUGGUAUCGUGCCACGUGUAUCAAAGGUGGCCCCUGCAUGUGCCAUUAUGAUCAGCACAUAUGAGUUCGGCAAGAAGUUCUUCCGACAGA